AUGUAUUUGGACUACUCAAGUCGCGACGAGUACGCUGACAUUAACGCUAGUUUUGCCGAAAAGUACAUUGAGAUACUGUACAUUGAGCGAUUAGAAGAGCCUCAGUUCCGUCUGGACUAUAUCAAGUCUCGCGCCCAACAUGUUAAGCAGCUUCAAGAACUGCAAUUGAAAGAUCUUGAGGGAAACUUGGGCUGGCUCAGUUACCUCCACGGGAUCAUUCUAUCGCGAGAGCAAAUGGAGGAGCGGAUGCAGUCGCUACUCAAAUGCUCGACCCUUUACAUGGUGGAGUUCGACCUCGAAGGUUGCUCGCCAGAAGAUGCCUUUUCUGAAGAAGGGGACGAAGAGGGCAUGAAGCAGGGUCCCUUGCGGGAAGCAAUUAGACAUACUUAUAUGGAUUUCUUGCUUCCUUGCGAGAGAGUGAUUGAAUCGUUGCAGAAUCAUUUUGUUCGUUCGAGACCUUCUAAGAUUUGCUCAUUUAGUCAGUUUGACUAUGUGCAAAAGCUUCUCUAUCAAGAGCUCUACCCUACGUCCAAGGGUCCGUUCAAAACCCACGCCGGGCUUGUCAUGAUGCCAAUAAAGUUUCCGCGGUCUUUCAAGCAUGCCAUUGGCGAUAACUGCUAUCCGACAACCGAUAUUAAACUUCGCUUCCACAAAUGGACAGGACUCAAGACAGGUGGAAGCCUUUUCAAGCUUAAGGGAGAAGAAAUUCGCCCAUCCUUGGUCCCGAAUAGAAUAGUAUCGGUUUGGAGUGUAGGAAAACCGGAACAAUUGUUCAAGCAUUAUUCAAAGCUGUUCGCAUUGGGAACACUCAGCUUUACCAAAAAGGAUGGAGAUGAGACCACCAUUAUCAUGAAAGAGCUCGAAUACAGAGCAGAGAAACGUAAUGAAAAAGUCAGCCAGAUAGGAACAACAUUACCGCCUCGCUCUUUAGCCGCAGUCGGCUCUGAUAAGGAGGAUAAGCGAUUGAACUGCCAAAAUAAUGAUGAGUCUCAUUCAAUUGUCAAAAGCAGGAAAGUUUCUUUCGCGGUGGAGGACCCGCGCUCUGACAUCAAGGAGAAUGGUGCAAAUUGCUCGAGAAGUUUGCAUCCUGCUCCCAAUGUUAAAGACGUAGUCCACCGCACUGACUCUUCUCGCGAUUCAGACGUUGAUCCUUUGAAUUCUGCCAAGAAUAAAACCAAACCCUCUGAAGCUGCGAAAACUAGUCAGCCAUCUGUUUCGAAUGAAGCCGACACUCUGUCUCCUAGCUCUUGCGUUGAAUUUACGCCAGAAGAUGCUUCCAGUAGCAGGGCCGAGACCGCAUCGCGUCGGUCCUCUCGGACUGCUAGCCUGACUGCUCCAAAAGUGUCAAGGGUUCAAAAGACUUUUGAUGCCAGCUUAGACUUGAAUGUUAAGCCAGACGCAAAUGCUGGGAACAGAGUUAAGAAGCCGUCAGGGCCACGUCAGGAUUCCAAACAUGUCUCUCCUCUACCAUCCAACGACCGUAAGAGUUUGAAUGACAAUUCCUCUGCGUGCCAUGAAACAGAACCCAGCCCUGGCCAAGAACGCGCUGAGAUAUCGAGCUCAAGAACCGAUCCUCUGAACUGUGCCGGGACUUCAUUUUCCGAUGUCCAUGCCAGUUUCGCGCCAGACCUUCGUCCCAAAGUCUCGAAGCCAUGCCCGCGUUCCCACGAAAUCAAUGCAUCGCAGUCUGCGAAACAAGUAUACGCUACUUCCAAGGGAUAUGAUGAGCAUUCCAUCACUGGCAGAAGUAGUUCUGCUCAAGGUCUCGGUGUAAGUUCCUCCGCCAGCACAAGAAAGCUUAGUGACAGAUCUUACCGCACCUUACAGGCGAACAAGCAGGCCAUGUUGAUUGAUGGGGUGGAACUUGAGCUCAGUGAGAUUGAGAGAGACAUUCUUUCGCUUUUGGAACAGCAAAAUUCCGAGAAGAAGGCGGCCGAGAAACUCAAUCCCCCUGUUGAGCGCUCGUCCGAAAAACAGGCGGCAAAAAUCGAUCAUUUCAAUAGAAUGAGAGAUGAGUUCAUGGAACAUGAGGAGGAUGUUUUAUUUUCUAGCAACAGUAUGGAGCCACCAAAUUCACGCGACGGAGUCGUUGAUGGACAGUUAAAAAUGGCAGUUGCUCAGAGUGCAGAUAUGGACUCAAAGAAAGCGGGCGCAAGCCGGAGAGUGCGACCUGUCGAAGCCCUCAUCGAACUAAUCAUGCGCUCCGAGCAGCUGGCGACUGCUCAAUCAGUGGAACAUGGCGAAAUAGAAGUUGCGCAACCUUUGGGAAUUGGGCAAAAGCCACAACUGACUACAACUUCUGAUGAUCACUGCGCGACAGGUGCCAAUGAGGCAGCAGUAUUUAUCAAAGAUGAUGCACCAAAGCCAAAGUGUUUGCUCAAAAUCGAAGCUUCGCGGGUACCAGAUCUAUCGCCCGGUAUGGACAAAUCUAAUACAGUGACGAAAGCGGCAUCAGGUGGCCUUGAAGUUCAGAAGGACUCAAUAGAUAGGUCGCGGAAUGGCCGGCUGCAAGACCUUCCCCAAAGCCGUAUCCCACGAAGCUACGCCAGCUCUCAGAGUUUCCAUUCCCCACCUUCCUCCUUUUCGACGCAGCAGAAAAGUGAUGAGCGCAAAUACUACGAUCAAAAAAUGAGCUGCGAUGAUCUUUCUCCUGCGGAAAUCACUCCAAAAUGCUCUUUGAGCUCAACCAAAUCUUCAAGUAUGACCAACAAGCAUCAAAAAGGUGUUACUAUGGUCAAGUCUGGCACUGGGGACGGUGGAGUGACAGAAUUGGGAGAAGGAUCAAGGGCAGAAGCUGCAACAACUUCAUCAUCGCAACGGGGAAGGCGAACUAACCGAAAGAAAGAGCGAAAGGGAGAUACGGAAGCGCAAAGGGUCAAAGAUUACGUUGAAUCGGACACAUUGCCUCUCAACAUCCGUGACGGCCACAAUGAUCGCUCUUUGGCAUAUAAGUCUAGUUUUCGAGGGACUUCAAUCGAUGCCCAAGUUGAAGGCAUAAAGUGUGAUAGCAAGAUGAACGAGCUCCAAACCGGGGAGUGUUUAGCCCUCCCCAAUAAAGCUGAUGAUUCGCAGAUAGGUGAUUCGCAGCCCGUUGGGGAUAUCAGGAGCUCAGACGCUAUCAAGGCGCGGUCGUGUCAUUGUCACUUGAAAGAAAACUGUCGGAAUCCUUUUCAUGAAAAGCUGCCAGAGGCGUCACCGGGAGGCUCAAUCUCUACUCAACAGCGAGACGGAUGUCAAGUUGAAGCCAUUAACGACCAGGCAGGGCGCAGGAACGGCCACCAAAGCCUUGAAGCCAGUAGAAGCUCAGCGAAUGACAGGAUUGAGCUCAGCAAUUCGGCAUUGCGCCAAGAACCAAUCUUGUCACCCAGCGAUGAGUACGAGCAACACCGGUCUCACCUCUACCCAGGCGGAUCAACUCACAGUUACACCAUGAAUGGAUGCGAGAAUGAGUGCUCGUCGAAAUAUUCCAAAAGAGCUGAAAGUCAAAUGAAAACCCCACUGGUGUCUAACAGCUUCGGCAUAAUGGCAAGUGAGAGCUCGAUCCGUAAUUUCAUCUAUGGAGCUGGGCAUGCGACUUCAGUCUUUCAUGAUGCAGAGGAUGGAGACCAAGAGUCUGUGAUAGUGUCGAGUCACCUUUUCCCACCAAUCGGUACAAGUCAGGCUCCAUGCAACGACAGUGUGAAGAGCUCUAAGAGAGGAAUUAAGAGCAUUGAUCCCAGCGGAACAACGGGCAAGUCUCUACCGGAAGCAUUAUCAAUUUUGAAAAGAGGAAGAGAUGAUUGCGCUGAAGAGGAAGGAGACGGAUUUUGCUAUGACAGUCGCGACGCAAUCAAAUCGUGUGAGCUCUCUACAAUUGACCAAAUAUUUGGUAAACAUGGUUUUCAUCAAAUUUUCGAACGAGAAGCGAAUGUCAAAUCUCUUGACCAACCAGAGAGUAUGUUUUCAUUCUGCUCGGGGCCCACAGUGGGCUCCCCAAUUUCAUCUCAAAUCGAUGCCGCGGUUAAUGAGCACUUGAGCAAUUGCGCAAAAGGGCUUUACAAGGGAGGAGCAGGAGUUCGUCAAAUUCCUUCGAGUCCCUUUGCUGAAAGCAAUGAGAAAAACCUCGGAAAAUCAGGCAUGGAACCUCGCGUUCAUGGGUCGCAGGCCCAGAAGAAUUCUUCGCACUUGCCUGACAUAUUUGGAAAACAAGGACCAGAUUCAAAAAGAUCGAGUAAAAACAGAAGUUUACGUUUUGCCAACAAGGUCAAAAGUGUGGUUUCGCCUCACUCUGGUUACAUUCCGAACCCCUCGAGACCUAUCAAAAAAGAGAAGCGUAAACUCACGUAUGAUGAACUGUACCCCGCGCUUUCAGACGUAAGAUUUCGGGAUUUUGUGAAGUUCAAAGCUCACAAAUUCAAGGAAGAUCUGAAGUACUACUCUGACAUGGUGAAGCUACAUGUAGUUGACACUUAA